AUGGCAAAACUUCUCUCACUUCCCAACGAGUUGAUACAGCACAUUACAUCUUUUCUUCCCUGCUCCUCAGCUCUCAACCUUUUCAAAGUCGACCGAAGACUACGCAACAUCUGCAAUGAUAAAGUGGUUUUUCAAAACAUUGCAAAGUACAACUCGGAGCGAUCUCUUCUUUUAGAAAACGGCAUAGAAUUGUCAGAAAAUUACUGGGCGGAAAGCGACGCCAUCCUGACGAAUAUUCCUCUUCAACAGACGAUCCGUUUAGCAUACGCAGCCGAACGAUCUAUACAAGCCUUGCUUGAAAAAGAUGAUACAUGGACAUUGAGCACAUCUAAGCGGCUCAAUUCAUUCAAAAUCACAGAAUGGCUACCACAGAUGAUGGCUCUUCACCAUCCAGCUGCCUUAGAGCUCAAGCCCGAAACCUUUCUGCAGCUCCAAGGCCAAGUACUGCUUAGGAUGCGGGUGCCGAAAUCGAUUGAUCCCGACCUUCUCAGCGCCAACUUCGUUCUCAGCUACACCCUUCUUGCACAACUCAGAAAGACUAGCAACGGGAAGCAAGUCAAAGAGGCCUUCGACCGCUUCUUCUCCGUAAACCGUGCCACAGAUCCACCAAUCACACUGAGCAACGGCGUAAGAACCGAUGGAGACGCUGUCAAGAGUCUUAGACAGCGAGUGCGGGAUUAUGGUUACUUUGGAGAUACAUUUGACUUGGACCAAGCUACGACAUUGCUUCCCACCCUGAUGCUGGAGCUGGAGCUGUCUACACGUCACUUAACUCCAAGUCACAUCACCGAGCUUCCCUCACCUACUGGAAUACCUUUCUACUCUAUGAUGAAUUUGCCACCUGUCUUCGACAUAAGCAAACCGCCCCCCUUUGCAGACGGAAGCAUGUCAUUCGGCUGGUGUCACCUUGACAAAAUGGUGUCGCCCGACUUCCUCUCUUCCGGCUGCUGGACGGGCUAUUACUCUGAUCAGCGACGUUACUUGGGACGACGGCGUUUCGACCCUGCAAUGCGCGAUAUCCGAAUCGUUGCUAGGAGGACAUGCAAAGAAGAGCGAGAGAUCGACUCUUCUCUCGCGGAAUGCACGAUGGUUGAUCAGCAGAGCCGGGGAGUAGAUGCAGUUGGAGAGUUUUCAUUACAAGGUCGUGUUCAAGACGACGGGUUUGUCUAUUUGAUAAAGAGAUACUUCUCGGAAGACACCAUGUGGACGUGGAAAGCUAGGAUGACACCUUUCGGUAUUGUGGGCAUGUGGGGAAGUGAUCAAGAGAGAUUUGGAGGGUACUUUUGGAUAUGGAAGGAGGAGUGGUGUUGA